AUGCCGUGCUUCUCGGGAGCAGAGAUGUUAACAAAGGAGCCUUCAUUGAAUUUGGGUGCUGGCAUGGGUGUUGGAGAUAGUUCUGUCAAGAUACAUGAUCACAACUCUUCUGUUGCUCGACGCCAUUACGAUGUUGGGAGCUCAACGUUUUCAAAACGAUCACGCCGUCACUAUGAUCAGCACUACCGAUGGCAGUACUAUGGCAACCAUUCUAAUCUAUCAACUUCUUGUGGCGAGAUUAGUCCUCUGCACGACGAGAGAUUAUCCUUCAAGUUUACCGAGUCCAACUCGGAGUCAGGACGUCAAGCAGAUAGUAGGCAUCAAGCUUUCAGCAGGCCAGAUAGGAUUCGGUCUAGUUUGUUAGUGGAUGCAGUGUCACCAGACACGGUGAAGAUGAUUUGUGGCAUAUGUCAGAAGCAUCUGAGACGGAGCCCUUAUUUUCUCGGAAACACGUUGGCUUCUACCGAGUUCUCUGUUGUGGCAGUUCUAGUUUGUGGGCAUGCAUAUCAUGCAGAUUGUCUGGACCAGAGAACAAGUUUUGAGAAUAGGUGUGACCCGCCAUGUCCCUUAUGUUCUGGUUCGCCAUCACGAGUUUGAUGCUUCUACUAAAGAAUGAUUGUACAUACAAAAGUCGACAGAUAGUAAUUUUCUAGACAUAUAGGACAUAGUUAAAUAGGGCAUGAAUGUAGGCUUUAUGUAGUUAUCUUAGCUGAAAGUUUAGGAUCAUAACCAAGCAUUGUAUUGCUGA